AGCUAACCAGAGAAACCAUGUUAGUAAUGAGUACAGAGCACCGCUAUGACGGCAAAACAGAUAUUACAUUUUUUGGUUUUGACAAGCCUGGUCUUCAAGAUAAGUGGAUCACACUCCCUUCAACCAGUGUUGACUGGUCCACACAUGGCCAUCCUGGGUUCAAAGGUAGCUUUCCAAUGCAAAGCACCUGACUCCUCAAAACAAGUCACCUAUGAGCUUUUGAGGGACAGAAACAUCCAUAUUGACACGAAAACUGAUCAACGAGGAGGCCAAACAGCAAGUUUCAUGUUGAAGGUUUCUUUGGAGGGGUCAUACCACUGCAAGGUGACAACAGAGGGAAACACUGGAGUCAGCAACAGUAUUAGGCUCCAAGUAGUGAUCCCUGUCUCAGGAACCAGCGUGACCUCUGACCCUUACCCCCCUGUUCUAUACGAGGGCUCGCGACUUGUCCUGAGCUGUGUUGUCACCAAGGGCUCCCACCUUUCCUACACCUGGUUCUUCAACAGGAGGGAAGUGACACCUUCAACCCAAAACUGGCUGCGCCUCCCUGGGAACAAGUUAAUUGUGGAAGAAGUUUCUUCUGAGAACGCCGGAAUCUAUUCUUGCUUGGCUGGGACCAAGAUAAUGGAAAAUAGUAUGGUCUCAAGUAGUAGGGAACUUCAGGUUGUUGUUAAAGGCUACUUUUCAACACCAAAGAUCUCUUUCACCAUCUCUAAAGACGGCAACAAUUACAGUGGGAAUGUGACAUGCUGGUCAUCAAGAGGAAGCCCCCCAGUCACGUUUGACCUUAUACUGGAUGACAAGGAAACGGGCUCCAUUGAGGCCACUGAGUCCCUGGCAGCCUGGUUUAAUGUUCCUUUGGUUCCUGGGCGGGACAUGGGCGUAGCUCAGUGUCGGAUUAGGAGUGAGGUGCAGCAGUUGAUGAGUGAGCCCCUGACUCUGGAAGUAGUCCCAGUUGGUGGCCACAUAAAAGUGGAAGUUGAAUAUCUCUACACAGCUGACUCCAAAAUGGCUGCUGCCAGACUAAACUGUUGCCUAAGCAGAGGAACCUUCCCUUCAUUCUCCUGGCUCUUCAAUAGCUCUCACCUUCCCACUGAGACCCACACCCCAUCUCAGAAACAGUCGCUCUUUUCUCACCACCAUACUUUCACUGACCAGAUGCAUACCCUUAUCCUCACCAAGCAGGGUCCUGAGGAUUCUGGGUAUUACCAAUGCCGCGCAAGAGACAGCUAUGACGAUUCAUCCCCCUGGGUAGAGAGUGCAGCUGUGCUGGUCCAAAUGACAGAUCAAACAAGAACAGUAACUCCAUGCUUUGAGAACAUCCUAAUAUCUCCCAAUGCAACAGAAGCUACUCUGGCCAACAUAGAGGUCAUUACCAUUGGAUUCUGCUGUUUCCUGCUACUGGCCUUGGUAGGAGGCAUGGUCUGUGUAAUGAGGAGGUCUCCCCACCAGCAAGCUAAUGUUGGCAUCGGUGAAACGACGAGCUCAGGUGCAUAUCCUCUGUCUGUAACCACCUCGUUUUCUGAGGGCGAGCUGGGCGAUAGACAAAUCCUGCAUGGAUAGUGAUGUCCAAAAUCAGAACGUGGACAUCACCGUAAGACAUGUUGCCACUAAAGCAAGAAACCUCAGAUCGCAAAGACCACUUCCUCUUGAAAUUUCUCAACGUUCUCUUAUGAAAUUUACAGCCAUUUCUGUUGCUCUGUUGCAAUUGCAAUAACUGCUUUGCUCCACCUGCUAAUUAUGUGCAAAUUGAUGGAGCCAUUGCCAUCAGCUGAAAAUUGUGGCCAUUAAGUCUUUGUUGCAAAAUUGCACUGCACAACAAAACUACUGUAUUCAGCUGUGCAUUUUAUGUCAAACAAUAAAGUCACAUUUGAG